AUGCAAGUUGGACGCAUGAGGGCGACUGUGCGCUAUAGAACUGGCAAUUUGCGUGAGUCUGAAGCCGCGAGGGCGAAAAGGCUCAUUAACUCUGAUGACGCAUUGAGUACGCAGGAGCAAGACCAGGUGCUUCAGUAUCUUGCGGGGUCUGUGCGCUCAAGUGUGGCACUCCUCCGCGUCCUAGCCGUACUUCAGCUGCUACUGGCCUUCCUCUACCUUGGCAUGCUGGCAGCGGGCUACCCUCUUGUCUACGCUGUCUUUGACGAUGGGACACCGUUGACAUUUGGAGGGGCUAUUGCGCUUUUGACGUCAUCCCUUAUUCUAGGGGCGGGCGGGUUGUGUGACCUGCAUACGUGUCGUCGAACUCUUCGCAUUGAUGUGGCCACUCUUGUUGAGGCGGGCUACAUCAAGGAAAGUGCAACAGGGGCGAGUGGAGAGAGAAAGAGUGCAUCCACAGCUGCGAUGUCGGUGGCAGAGCUGCCGCGGUAUCAUUACGUGUUGGGUUUUCUCGCUCUGUGGCCUGCACUGUACUGGCUGUAUGUGAUGCGUGCAUACUACACACACAUGUCACAGCAGGGUCCAUUGCUCUUUGGAGUGGCAGACAACUGGAUGGAGUUGGUGCUGGUGCUUUGGCAGCCCGGGAUGCACGUAGUCUUUGCACAGACACUCCGCUCCAUCGUCUCGGGGAAGAAUGACCUCCUGCGGCUCGCCCAGCUUAAAUACCGCUACGACAAACUCUGA